AUCAAGAAACUUUUCAAAUUAAAGAGUCACCACACAGCUAAGAAUCAAGAAAACAUUUCUUUCAAAACCAUAAUCUCUCUAAUUUUUUUUCAUUAAAGAUUCCAAGAAAAUGUCAAUCUAUCAUCAAAAUGAAAUUGUCGAGAUCAAGCUGGUAGGAAAUAUAUCAUUCUGCCCGGCAAGGAUUCUUGAAGUUAUUGGGCAGCAUCACCUCACCUACAGAGUACAGUACCUAGCCCGCUUCUCCGACGAAGCCUCAACGUUGCCGUUGAUUGAGGAGCUUCCAAUCUUGUAUUUGAGACCUACUCCGCCAGAACUGAACGAUAGGAAUUUUGUGGUGAAUGAUCUCGUUGAUGCUUAUCGUAAUGGUAACUGGCAUAAGGGUAUAAUUUCAGAUAUCGCUGCUGGUCCUAUUUACUGCGUGGUUCUGCCGAUUGGUGUAGUUUUUACUGAUCGGGUCAGGUUUCAUGCUGAUUGGUCUGCAGUUCCUGCUUACAUGAUUCCCUCGUUGACCAUUAGUAGUAAUUUGCCGGAAGUGAUUAUUCGCUAUGUGCCUCGAGGAAAUGGCCAAUAAUCUGCUGCUACGGAUGAUAAUCUACGGUCCUACGGAGGAACUGAACUAGUUGAAUUUGGCAGUGAUUAUUGCACUGAUUGUUGAACUGUAUGUAGGGCAUAACAGAGGAUCACAUACAUGUCUAUUUUAGCCUUCUAAGCUUUUGGCUAUUUGCAGCCACUUGAUUAAUUGAGUACCUUCUAUACUGUUAAAUGUU